GAUUAAAAAGCACAGUUGAGUUGUACCUUGUGCUUUCAGGUUUGUACACACACAGUAACUGCGUGUGUGUCAGCAAUUGAAGAGGGAGAGAGAACACGUAGAUGAAUAUGGUCCGUGUAUGGAUUGCAAGAUGCACAGAAGAACACGAUACUCUUCUUCGCUAACAGUUUCGUCUCUUCUAAUUGACGACCCUGCAGUCCCAAUUUUUCUCUUUCGAUUCCCUUAAUACUGCUUAUUUCUUCUCGAAUUUGCAUUGUUUGUGAAUGGCUACUGGAGAAGAAUCAUCGUCUUCUGGACUGAGCUUGGAAGGGAUUGACGAUGUUGAGGAUUUCGUUUGGGGGAAUCAAGGAGGAUCAUCAUCGAUGUCCCUCGGGAGGUUUAGUCAUAUUUAUGAUCACAUGGAUAUGGGAAAUAAAGCAUUCAGAGAGAAUCGUUUCGAGGAGGCCGUCAAUUGUUACACGAGAGCUAACGAGCUUAAACCAGCUGAUCCUGUUAUUCUCAACAACCGUUGUGCUGCUUACCUCAGGAUCAGUCAAUUCCUGAGAAACAGGCCGCCAUCUGCAUCUGAACGUAGACCGUUGAGUGGACUUGAUCCUACAAUCCAUGCUGGCCUUGCAUUGAAGGAUGCUGAGCAGUUUAUGAACUUGCAAACUCAAUCAGUAACUCCGUACAUAUUGAAGGCAAAUGCACUCAUUUUGUUAGAGAGGUUCGACCUUGCCUAUGAUGUAAUUCUCUCCGGUCUUCAGGUUGAUACAUCAAGCAAUGCUCUACGGAAUUUAGAAAGGAUAACAGCCAAUACAUUUGGGAGGAGAAUCAACGGAAGGCCACCACGUAGCGAUGACUUUGAUUGCACACUUUGCUUAAAAUUGCUAUAUGAACCCGUUACAACUUCAUGUGGACAUACCUUUUGCCGCUCUUGCCUCUUCCAGUCGAUGGACCGAGGGAACAGAUGCCCUUUGUGCCGAACAGUUCUGUUUGUUAGUCCUAGAACUUGUGCAAUAAGUGUGACACUGAUGAGCAUAAUAGAGAGAACCUUUCCAGAGGAAUAUGCUGAAAGAAAGUUAGAACAUGAGAGUUUGACGAUUAUGGCUCCUGAUUUAAUACCUCUUUUUGUCAUGGAUGUUGUGCUGCCUUGCCAGAAGUUACACCUUAACAUUUUUGAAGCUCGUUACAGACUUAUGGUAAGGAGGAUAAUGGAAGGAAACCGCCGCAUGGGAAUGGUUAUACUUGACUCCACAACUGGAUCUGUAGCUGAUUAUGCUUGUGAAGUGGAAAUCACAGAUUGUGAGCCUCUUCCCGAUGGGCGUUUUUUCCUGGAGGUUGAGAGUCGGCGAAGAUUUCACAUCCUUGGGAACUGGGAUCAAGAUGGGUACCGUGUUGCCAGGGUUGAAUGGGUGCAAGAUUUAUCUCCACCUGAAGGAACACGAGAGAAAUAUGACUUGCAACAAACAACGAAUAAAGUAGCAGCAUAUGCUCGAUCAUGGAUAAGGGUUGCUCAAGAGACAGCACAAAGAGAUGAAGCAAGACUAGCUGAGCUGCAUAAAGCAGAAUGUCUGAUGCCUUCAGCAAACAAUCCUGAAUCCUUCAGUUUUUGGCUUGCUACCCUAACAAAUCAGAGACCACAAGAAAGGCUGGCUCUCCUUCGCAUUAGAGAUACAAAAGAGAGGUUACGAAGGGGGUAUUUUUACUUGAAAGCAGAAGAACAAUGAAGUGGAUUCGGAUGAACAUAACAUUCAUUGACUAAUCGUAAGUAGCGUUUUUGUUUUAUAGGCGAUUCAA